GUUUGCUAUUUUAUCAUUUAUCAUGAUGUUGGCGCUUAUUGUUAUUAUUAUUAGUAGUAUGCGUAGUAGUAGCAUUUAGCACAUAUGUGAAGUAACAUUUCCGUUAUAUAAGAUAAAUGUUAGUAAUUUUGUGGCUUACAUGUUGAAAUCGCGACAAAAAAGGAGAAAGAGAACAUUUUUGGAUUGCUGAAAACAAUUUAUUUGUUGUUUAUCUUGAUUUACUCUUUAUAUCACCAUUAACACUUUUUAUCUCAAUUGACAUUAUCGUUACCGUUCGAUCAUAGUUUCGACUGAUCCCCAUGUCACACGUUUUUGUCCUUGUAUAUUUUGUAUUGUAUAACUAUGAUUGUGACUUGUUUCCUAUAAACGUUCCUUUUUAAUGAAGACAUAAAAAGAUUUAGGUUUACUAAUUUAGAGUUCUAUCCCCUCAUAUGUUUCACCCCUUACCCCUACUUAUAAAUAGGUUUGUUAAAACAUGAUACUUAAUAAUGACUUAUUUACCGUUAUCCAUCAAAUACUACAAAGGAAAAAUAAAUAGAGAAGUCAAUGUACCGUGGUGGAUUUGGCUUUUAAACAAACAUGUUUGAUGAAGGAAAUGUGUUCAAAUAUGAAAUAUAUUGUAGUAGGACCAGAAGUGUAGAACCACAACAUAGUAAUAAGUAUAGGAGUGGGUCCUCACGCUGUUGUUACACAUCUUUGUUGACAGCAGCUCGAGUACAGUUUGAACCCUGUGCUGCUGCUGCUCCUCUUUACUACCGCUGGUGCUAUUGCAUUAGAAGCGAUUUUCAUUGUUGUGCAGUCCCUGUCAGUCGCUGUGGGACCUCUGAUUGUUCAUGGUAGCUAAUACACAGUAACCAACGACACCAACAACCCCCCGUCACUACUGUAACCAGAGGAUGUCCGAUAUUUAUCUGACCUGCCCGCUGUGCUGUUGCUAACUAUUUAGCUCAGAUUAGCCCCUGUUAGCUUGGCCUAAGUCUUAUUAGCAGACUUUGCACUUGGGUAAAACACUUCAUGAAACGUAUGACAUUAGCUGUCAAGUGUCGUAAACGCCGUGUCGUUUUUAUACAACUUUCAUGCGCACUUUCAUCCGCGGUUCUCCGUCUGGACAGAAUCAUUACUAGCCGCUGCUACCACUACGUCAACAGUGAGCGAUGUCGGUGUCCGCUACAACCCGCCUACUCGGCACAGGGAGAACCCGUAUCCUUGAUUCGUUUAAACGGAUUUCCGUCAACAUGUCCUCUUCGUCGGCUUCCUGCGGUAAACGACUGCGGGUUCUAGUGGACAUGGACGGAGUCCUAGCGGAUUUUGAGGGGGGGUUCCUGGAGAAGUACCGGACCAGGUACCCGGAAGAGCCCUACAUCAGUAUGGAUGACAGGAGAGGGUUCUGGGUGUCAGCCCAGUACGGGAAACUGAGGAGCGACCUGUAUGAAAAAGCCAUCAGUAUCUGGGAGUCCAAAGACUUCUUCAUAGAGCUGGAGCCUCUGCCUGGAGGAGUGGCGGCUGUUAAAGAGAUGGCCAAGAUGGAUAACACAGAUGUCUUUAUUUGCACCAGUCCCAUUAAACAUUACAAAUACUGCCCAUAUGAGAAGUAUUCCUGGGUAGAGAAGCAUUUUGGUUAUGACUUCCUGGAGCAGGUCAUCCUGACCAGGGACAAGACAUUAGUCAGUGGAGAUCUGCUCAUAGACGACAAGCCCGACAUCCUGGGCGUGGAGUCCAAACCAGACUGGGAGCACAUCCUGUUCACUGCCUGCCACAACAAACAUCUGACCCUGGGACCCUCGCAGAGACGACUCCAGUCCUGGUCGGACGACUGGAAGGCUAUCCUGGACAGCAAGAGGCACUGAUGUCAGUCAUGUUUCCACGAAAGAGAAGAGCGACGGAGGCGUGGAUUUCUUAGUAAGUUCUCGUGGAGUGAAAAUUCGGAGAAAAGGAAGAUGGGAAAAAAAAUGAAGAAUCUGCUGGUUGCUUUUCAUUUGGGAGAUGUUACUCGACUGGACCACACGGUGGCAGUGUGAGACCUUUCCAUCACCAGUGCUGGACACACACUGCUCUGCCCUUUUAGUUCUCUCAGUUGACAUUUACGUGUUUUUUUUAUUUUUUUAUUUUUUUUUAAAAAACACUUCUUGUCGUCAGAUUCCUCAGUACAGCAUUAGGCCGACGGCUGUCACACUCCACUACAGCAACACUUACCACAAAAUUUCACAAUGGUACAGACGUGCAAUACAAAAAAAAAAAAAAAAUCCAAACGAAAAAAAGGUUGGUGCUUAAUGUUUCACUUCAGUUUGGGGAGUUUACCAGACCACUGUUGACAGUCUCCAUUCGCACAGAUAUACAUAUACCUCUUAUCACUUGGGUGCUCAUGUAUGUACUAUAUGUAUAAUAUUGUGGUUUUAUUUCAAACAGAGUUGCACAAAACUAAAAUUUUGCCAAACCCCUUACUCCUAUAGAAUUAACUAGAAAAAUAAAACAGAUUCAGUUAAGUAUUGUGUGCUAAUUAAUAAAAGUUUAAAAAUAAUCUUUGUCAAUUACAAAAAAGUUGAAAACUAAAUACGAUGAUUAGAAAAGAUUUUUUUUUUUUUUAGUUUAUUUUAAGUAGAAACAUUUUAAAGUUUUUAUUGCAUACUAAAUUUUUGACUGCAUUGUUGUCUUUUAACCAAAUCAGUUUGAGAAUCAAGUGUUGGUCAUAAAAAACAACAAACUAGUCUAAGUCUAAUCUUCAGUUUAUUGUGAUAGUGGCUCUGUCAUGGUCCAGGGCUGAAUUCAGAUGUUAAUGUGAAUGAUGAGACAUUGUCAGAACCUCCACAGAGCCUGGAACUAACCUGGUGUGGGAUCAGAGGUCAGGUCAUUUGAAGAGCAUGUGAGGAAUCUUCCUCAGAAGACCCGGUGCCAUAAUCCCAAGGAUUACCUGAAAAACAAAACAAAUCCUGUUUUAACACUAAUGAUUGUCUUGUACUGUAAAAUACACAUUUUCUCUGUGAAUUCAUGUGAGCUCAACUCAGACAUUUUUAUUAUUACUUUUUUUUUUUAUUUCUGGGUCUAAUCAUUUCUGUCAUUUUUGCUUUUUUUGGGAACAAACCUGCGGGUCGUGAACAUGUGUCUUCAUGUUUGUGUUCAGCUGUUGUUUGUGCAGACAGCAGUGAUCAAGUUUACAUGUGUGUCUGUUUUUCUUUCACCUCAGCUCAGGUUUUCCAUUCUGGAACAUUUCUGUGUAAUUUGCAAAAAGAAUAAAAACACAGCAAAGGCAGAA